GGCGAACUCAACUCUUCACAAAGGAGAAUUACGACAAGACCGUCGUUUGUGUCGUUUUUUGUAUAUUUUUGUCAAAAAUAAAUUACUUCAAAAGCAUAAAAUGGCGAAAAAACUUGACAUUACAAAGGAAGAUUUGUAUGGCAUUCUUGGUGUGGAAGAAACUGCAACAGAAAAAGAGAUAACAAAGUCAUACAGGAAACAAGCCUUGAAAUGCCAUCCUGAUAAGAACCCUGAUAAUCCAAAAGCAGCGGAGCAGUUUCACAGAUUGACACAGGCCCUUGAAAUACUCACAGAUGCUGCUGCAAAGGCUGCCUAUGACAAGAUACUGAAAGCCCAAAAAGCUGCAUUGCUUCGACAGAAACAGUAUGAUUCUAAAAGAAAGAAAUUUAAAGAAGAUCUGGAAGCACGUGAGAGAGCAGCUGGAGAACAGAAGGAAGAUACUGCUGCUGAUGCUAGAAAACUACAAGCUGAGAUUGAGAGAUUACGAAAAGAGGGAAACAGAAUAUUACAGGAGACUCAAGAACAGUUGCGUAAAGAUUUAGAGGAAAAAGUUAAUAAACCUUCAGAUGAUGGAGUGGACAGUGAUGAUGCAGAAUCAAAUACAGUCAAAAUCAAGGCUAAAUGGAAAAUCAAGAAAGGUGAGAACAGGGAUGAAGGUUACACAAAACAGGAGUUAGAAGACAUCUUUUCUAAGUAUGGGGAAGUUUUGAACAUUGUGGUGUCGGUAAAGAAAUCAGGAACUGCCAUAAUAGAAUAUUCUUCACCUUACACUGCUGAUAUGGCUGUAAUGAAUGUUAAAGGAAAGGAAGAUUUUCCUCUGACUUUGUCAUGGUUGUCAGGGCAACCACCAGAAGACAGACUCUGUAACCAUGGUAAUCAGGAAACAGAUGACAGACAAAAAGCUGCAUCAGACACAAGUGCUCAUUCUUUCUCAGCUCCAAGUCAGAACUAUCAAUUCAGUGGUUUUGGGGCAGCUGACAGUAAAGACUUUGAGAGUGUAGUAUUAAUGAAGAUGAGGCAAGCAGAAGAACGAAAAAGAUUGAUAGAACAAAUGGAAAAAGAAGAUGAAGAAAAUGGAUGAACAUUUAUAUAUAUUAAAAUCUGUGAUUUUAUGCUUACUUUUAACUUGAUGUUUACCUCAGAAGUCAAAGAAAUAGGAAGCCUGAAUAGUUAUGAAAGAUUUGUAUGAACACAAAAAUACGAAGGAAUUUGGUCAAAGUAUGAAUACAUUACUGGGUAAUUUUCUUUUUAAAAGUGAUUUGUCUAGGUAAAAGUAUAUAGCUAUGAAUACUAGGUAUGCAGGGAUGAUAUGAAUACGUAAUGUAUAGCUUGAAAUGUUUUAACAUAAAGAAAACUGAUUAAAAAACUUAAUAACAUAUUGAUACAGUGGAAGUAUGCAUGCCGAAAGGAAGUGAAUUAAAUACAAGUUCUGUUUUGAUUUCUGACAUUAAGAAAGAUGAAAAAUGUGACAUUACUUAAAAGAGUGAGAUAACAAUCAGGGUAGGAAUUAACAUUAACUUGUUGAAACAUAAAUACAGAUUGUGUUGUAUAAAGUUGAUAAAUACCAAUACUGAUUUUGGUGGAAAAUUUAUAAAUAGUCCGUUUAUACAAAGUUUGAUGAACUGUAUAAUAUACAUAUAUAGAAAGAUUUAAUUUAUCUUUUUAACUGGUGUAUUGAAUGAAGGUGUUUAUACAGGUUCCAAGGUUAUAAAAGGUGAGUUUGGAGAGCAGUCUUAGAAUGCAGCCUUGCCAUUGGUCAAUUUCAAGACUGAGCUCAGUCAACUAGUCAGGUGCUGGAGUUUUGUGACUGGUCUCUAAAACUUUGUUUUAUAACCUUUGACCCUGACCCUUGUGUUUUAUAUAUACACCUGUUUAUUUAUGCUGAAGUGCAUUAUUGCCACCUUUGCAUCUUUGGAAGAACUAAAUUAGGAUUCAUUUACUUUGUAAAACAUCAUAUCAUUGAUCAUAUUAAUUUAUUUUGAAAAAUACAGAAAUGCCAGUGUCAAAGAA